GCAGGUAGCUGUAUCCAGCUGGGUGGCAGGUGGAUCCAAGGGUUACCAUGAAGUUUUCAGGACCCCUGGAGAACCAGAGGUUGUCUCUCCUUCUGGAGACGGCGAUCUCUAGGGAAGCUCAAAUGUGGAAAGCACAUGUGCCGAAAAUUCAGCCCAAUCAGGAUGUAGCCAUUUCUCCAAAGCAGAGGGAUGAGGUCAUCCAGUGGCUGGCCAAGCUCAAAUACCAGUUCCACCUUUAUCCAGAAACGCUCGCCCUGGCCAUCAGCCUUUUGGACAGGUUUUUAGCCGCAGUUAAGGCCCGUCCAAAGUACUUGAACUGUAUUGCAAUCAGCUGCUUCUUCCUUGCUGCAAAGACCAUUGAGGAAGAUGAGAGGAUUCCAGUACUCAAGGUGUUGGCUCGGGAUAGCUUUUGUGGUUGUUCUCCAGCUGAAAUUCGCAGAAUGGAGAAGAUUAUCCUGGAUAAACUGAACUGGGAUCUUCACAUGGCAACGCCACUGGAUUUCCUCCAUAUUUUCCACGCAGUUGCCGUGUCCAACAGGCCUCAGCUACUGACCAUCCUGCCCAAGCUGAGCCCCUCUCAGCACGUGGCGGCGCUCACCAAGCAGCUGCUGCACUGCAUGGCCUGUUACCAGCUGCUGCAGUUCAAGGGCUCCAUGCUGGCGCUGGCCAUCGUCAGCCUGGAGCUGGAGAAGCUGCUCCCCGACUGGCUGGCUCUCAUCAUCGAGCUGCUCCAGAAGGCACAGAUGGAUAGCUCGCAGCUGAUCCACUGCCGGGAGCUUGUGGCGCAUCACCUUUCCACUCUGCAGCCUUCUCUGCUGCCCAAUUCUGUAUAUGUCUACAGUCCCCUCCAGCAUACCCUGGUGACCUGUAACAGAGGAGCGUUCCAAUGCCAGCCCUCCUCUGUCCCAGGGCCAGGUUUCUCCAAGGACAACGGCAGGCCAGAAGUGCCCGUCACAGGUACAGCCGCGCUCUACCAGCGUCUGCCAGCUGCCAGCGGUUGCAAGCAAGCCUCUGCCAAGCGCAAAGUGGAAGAGAUGGAAGUGGACGACUUCUACGAUGGUAUCAAGCGUCUCUACAACGAAGACAUUGCUCCAGAGGUGGUGGCUCUGGAAAACAUGGGCUCUGUUUGCGGCGCUGAUGUCUCGAGGCAAGAGGGCAACGUUUCCCCUUGUCCACCUCUACAGCCGGUGUCUGUCAUGUAGCUGUGAGCGAACACCACCUGCUCCACCGCAGCUACUCCAGAAACCGUGCAGGACCCACCAUCCCGGGUUUCAGUGGGGGGAGAAGGGGCCAUACCUUGUCAGGCUGAACUGAAGGGAGUCAAAAAAAAAAACAGAAAAAAAAAAAUCCCAACCCUUUUUUGAAUUUUUUUCUUGUGCGGCUAAUUAUAGUUCCACUACUUAAGCACUUAAAAACACACAAAAAAAGUAUAAAAAUCUAAAAAAAAAAGACCCAAAAACCAAACAAAAAAAAGUAGCAAAAAAAUUGUUUCUUUCUAGUGUUGUCAGCUCCACUGUUUUUCUGCUCCUGUGUAUUGUAACCCAUUCUCCACAUCCGAGAAGCUUGCACCAGUUGUGCAGAGUUGUUCCAGGUUUCCC